ACGUUCGCAUCAACUCAGAAAGUCGUUCGCGUCUGGGGACUCGGUGAUAGGGCUGGGUUUGUUUCUGGAUACUGAGCCCCCCUCCAGAACUAUUUUGGAGAAGGCUUUUUUUUUUCUAAAAAAAAAAAAACCCCAAAAACUCUGAUACUGGCCGCUGGUUGCUGGGGAGAUCGGUUGGGACAAUCCCCUGCCCUCUGCCCGGGUUAUUUCUCACCAUAGUUUUGGUAGAAAAUGAUGCAGGAAGAGUCAAGCUCCCCAGUCUCCCCAGUGGACAGCUUAAGCAACAGCGAAGAAGAACUUGACAGACAGCAGGGCAAGAGGGGAUGCAGAAAGAGGAGAUCGAGUAGGAAAAACACCGAGGAUCCAGACAGCCCGAUCUCUGUAAAAAGAAACAAGAAGGCGAGCAGCACCGGGAGCAGCCCCCAAUCCUUUGAGGAACUCCAGACCCAGAGAGUCAUGGCUAAUGUAAGGGAACGACAGAGGACCCAGUCCCUCAACGAAGCCUUUGCUGCCUUGAGAAAAAUUAUCCCCACCCUCCCAUCUGACAAACUGAGUAAAAUCCAAACCCUCAAACUGGCAUCCAGAUACAUCGAUUUCUUGUGCCAGGUUUUACAGAGCGAUGAGCUGGACUCCAAAAUGGCAAGUUGCAGUUAUGUGGCCCAUGAGAGGUUAAGCUAUGCCUUCUCAGUGUGGAGGAUGGAAGGAGCGUGGUCCAUGUCUGCAUCUCACUAAACAUUCCGGGCACAAAACAAAGCGGCACACUCAGAUUAUACUGGUUCCAGUGAAGGAGGAAACGGACUGUGUAGAGACUGAAGUUGGAUACCUACAAAACAAAACAAAAAAAACACAUAAAACCUUGGAUUUUCAUGCAUUGGAAGAGAUGGCCAGAGUCAGGGCGUGGAGGAGCACUUAGAGAGCAUUGAGUGAGGAAGCAGGCCUUGGACCAUACCACUGGGCGGUUGCAAGGUCCACAUAUUCUAUUACAUUCUGAUUCAAGUCUGAACAAUCUCUAAUCUGUAUUUUGACGAAGAAUGUUGGAUUUUUCUUCUCGUUUUCUUUUCUUUUUUUUUUUUCCUUCUUGCAUGCAUUCCCACCAGUCCUGCCAUUGAAGCCACUUAAGAGGACAAUAUAUUGUGAACGUUCCCUGUUUUUGAACGAUUCUAAUGCAAAACACACAAAACAUUUUUUUUUAUAUAGAAAAAGAAGCUAUUUUUGUUAUUUGAUAUCUGGUUCAGAAAAAAACUGUUAUAUUCAAGCGGUUACAUCUCUUUCUUCUUUCUCUGAGAACAAAAUUAUCAUUUUAUUUAUUUAUUGACCCCUGUUUUUUUUUU